AUACAAAAGGCGCACACUGCGCGUCCGGCAUCUCUAUCCAACUUGGUCCAUGGACAAGCCGGCCGUAAGACUACCAACCGAUGCAACUCAUAUUACGAUUGUUCUUUAUAGUGAUGAGGCUGUAAAGGAUGAUGAGUAUUAUAUGCGGGAGGUUCUGCAGUUACCUUUCCCGUGCUUAUGGAAAGUGACUGCAUGCCCAGUUCGCGGUGGACGGACCAGAGUCACUAUAGUUUUGAGACCAGAAGAUAAGGCUCUUUCUGAUAUUCUUGACCAUUUAAGAAUCAUCAGCGAUGGGCAAUAUGAAGUUAACAACUUUAUUAUUCAUAGUAAAUCAGGUCGAAGACUGGGUCUGGAAGAGUGCUGCUCUUCUAGUUUGGAUCUGGAAAACACUUUGAGAUGUUUGGGCAUAAUUGUUCUGGAUGCACCUCCGAAUUAUGCAGACCUGGUUCAAGAAGCGCUUGAAGGUAAUAUUGUAUUCAUGAUAUUUGGCCUUAUGACUUUCACCGUCUGGAGAUGGAUUCCCAUAACCGCAGGACUUCGAUUUGCGUUCUUACCAUCGAUUAGUAUGGAGACCAGCUAAAGCAUUCGGCCUGGUCAGUCAAUCGGUGGCCAUUCCCUCCUGCUGUAAUUCGACCUGUGGCGGCUAUAUUCAAAGCAAUUGGACGUAGCGGCAAGCGAUAUUACUCUGCCUUUCUCUCCUGCUGUGAUCUGACUUGCGGCGGCUAUAUUCAAAGCACCUGGGCGUAGCGGCAAGCGAUAUCACUCUGCCUUUCUCUCCUGCUGUGACCAACUUGGGUGCAGUGGCAAGCGGACUGGGGAGU